GCUGGCGGUUGGCGCGACCCGGAGGGCGGGCAGGCGGCUCGCGGGGGUGCAGGCCCGCGGGGCCAGGCUCUCCAUGCAGAACCACUGAGAUGUGCAUAUUCCCAGCUCCUGGCACAGAGUAAACACUCGUGAGGACCUGCUCCAUGGGCUUCGGAAUCAGAGAGAACUCGCUUCGGAAUCUCAGAAAGGUUCCAGGAAGCAGAGUCAAGGCCAGGGAGACGAUGGUCUCAGUGACUAUGGCCACUUCUGAGUGGAUCCAGUUCUUCAAGGAAGCUGGCAUUCCCCCAGGACCUGCUGUGAAUUAUGCUGUGAUGUUUGUGGAUAAUCGGAUCCAGAAGAGCAUGCUGCUAGAUCUCAAUAAGGAAAUCAUGAACGAGCUGGGCGUGACUGUAGUGGGUGACAUCAUUGCCAUCCUCAAGCAUGCCAAGGUGGUACACCGCCAGGACAUGUGCAAAGCUGCCACUGAAUCAGUGCCCUGCAGCCCCAGCCCCCUCCAGGGUGAGCUUCGCCGCGGCGCCGCUAGCGCUGCUUCUCGAAUGAUCACCAACAGCCUGAACCAUGACUCUCCACCCCACACUCCGCCAAGGCGCUCGGACACCAGCAGCUCCAAGAUCUCCGUCACCGUGUCCAACAAGAUGGCAGCGAAGAGUGCCAAGGCUGCCGCUCUGGCCCGCAGGGAGGAGGACAGCCUGGUUGUUCCUACCAAGAGGCGGCGGGUGACAGCCGAGAUGGAGGGAAAGUACAUCAUCCACAUGCCCAAGGGGACCACCCCCCGUACACGCAAGAUCCUGGAGCAGCAGCAGGCAGCGAAAGGUCUCCAUAGAACAUCCGUGUUCGAUCGCCUUGGUGCUGAGACCAAAGUAGACACUACGACAGGGACUAAGCCCACAGGAGUUUUCAGCCGCUUAGGGGCCACCCCGGAGAUGGAUGAGGAUUUGGCCUGGGACAGUGACAAUGACAGCAGCAGCUCUGUCCUGCAGUAUGCUGGGGUCCUAAAGAAGCUAGGACGGGGCCCCACCAAGGCCAGUCCCCAGCCAGCACUGACUGUCAAAGCCAAAGCUACAAGCUCUGCAACCACAACAGCUCCAAGACUGCGGCGCCUGGCGCUUCCCUCUCGUCCUGGACCAGAGAAGAAGCUGGAGUCCCUGCCCAAAGUCAGUGUCCUUCAGAGACUGGGCAAGACUGCUAUUGUGGCUGAGGCCCAGGACAGCCAGGUUACAAGCACCAAGAGUAAGUCCUCAGCUGAGGUCAAGUUCGCCAUUAAGAGGACACUGGUAGGGCCCCGGGGGAGCAGCUCUAUUGAGAGCCUUGGUGCCCAGAUGGACCAUGCAGGCGCUGUGAGCGUGUUCAAAAGACUGGGCCGAAGGACCUUCUAGCUGGCACGCAGGGUGGGGUGCAGCAUGCAAUGGCAGGCAGGUUCCUGCUUCCGUCCCUUCCAGCCUUCCUGCCUCCCAGCUCUAGAUGACAUAAAGCCUGGCUCUUUCCAGCAUUCAUGCUGGUUCCAAGCACUUGGGUACACAGGCAUUUCCCCUGGUUUUGGAUGUUCCUGUGGCCUGACCUUGCCUGCUCUGGGACCCUCCCUUUCUGUGUCGUCAUGUCGUCACCCCCCAUCCUCCCGUCCCCCGUCCUCUGUGCACUAGCCGUGGCCUUGGCACAUUCUCCUUUUCUACCUCUCCCCAAAGCCAAGUGCCCUGCCCCUUCCAUGCAGCCCACCCCCACCAGCAGCAUCUGCUGCCUUAUGUCUUCCUGUCCUGGCUGCCCCACCGGAGGUGUCACCUGGAGGCACCCCCUUUGCCCUACCCUGUGGCUUCCCUUCCUCCCCCUUCCCCUGCUGUAGUCUCUCUUCUCUUCACUCUUUUCAUUUCUCUUCUGUUUUCUGUCCCUGUGGCAAGGCCCGACCGUCCGCUGCAUCCUGCCUGACCCUCCUGCACCUCUGACCUCCCAGCGGCCCCCUCGUCGACGGUGGCGUCGAACC